CGUUUGUAGAUAGCUGGUUAGCUUGGCACUGACGCAGAACAUAUUCACAUUAAAACAUUGCAGUGGGACAGACUUGCUUUUUUCAGGCUAUAAGCCAGUGACUUUGGAUACUAUGUUGAUGGUGCAAAUACAAAAUCUUAAGUAGCUAGAUUGACCAGGUGGCAGCUGUCAUAUGUGCAGCAAAUCUGGGCUAAGAAGUCCUCAGAUGUCAUUUGUUUGAUGAAAUAUGUCAUUUUCUGUCUUGGGCUGAUUUUUAUUCAUCGUUUGAAAUGAUUUUCUCAAUCAUUUCCAUGCAUGAAAUCCUGACUUUUCAGCGGCUGUGAUUCGGCAAAUCAGGCCCAGGGCACGUUUCUUUUCCCUGGUUGGCUUAGCAUCACCUUGCUCUCCGGCGUGAGCCAUCAUGAUUAAGAAUUCAAAAUAUUUGCAGUAAAUGUAUCAUUGCCGUAAGCCUUCUAUCUGGCUAAACAGUUUCUUAGAAUACUUUCAUAGGCUGACCACUAAUGGGGUGAGGUGGAUAUACAGGGGAUGAAGGGAGCAUGUAACUAUUCACUGGAGGUUUUUAAACAGACAUAAUUAUUUUUCAGUGUUCACUUAGCUAUAGGAUGAAGUAGCAGGACCUGACCAUCUCUUCUGCUACUCCCAUUCUAAGCUGCUCUGCUGUACGAAGGAGCCGGCAUCCCAGUAGAUGUGGCCAGCCAGGAAUUACCCUGCAUGGAGGAUGUGUCUAGGGAGAAGGGGGUAGGACCAGGGCAUCCCUCUGCUCCAGCUAUUCCCACCUGCUCAAAUUGCUCCUUGAGGUUGUAGGCAGCCUGGCUUACGACAGGGUGGAAGUCAACCUCAGGGUUGUAAACAGGUGUUAGGCUGGGGGGUUGUGAUUUCCUUUCUCAUAUUGUUAAAUAGGAGAGAGUGGGAAGGGAUGAAAUGGGGGUCUGAAUAUGAAAAAGGUUGUUAGAGAAUCCCUGAGGCUGCUUUAACCCAAUGCCAGGGGCUGAUUCCUUGCCAUCUGGCCCCAGAAUUGGGGAACUGGGAAGCUUUGAACUGAAAAUGUGGCCCAUGGACUCUCUUCUCCUUACCAGUCAGAAUGUCGGUACUCUCAGCAACUCUUACCCUGUAGUGCUGCAGAACUGGCCUCAUGUGUCGUUAAGAGCAACUAAAUAAAGACCACGUUCAGGAAUCAAUGUCUCUGAAAAUGAGCGUGGUGACUUGCCUCACACUUAGCUCACAGUGGGCGACCUUUGUCUUGUGACAUUUUAUUGCGUUGCUGCGAUCUCUGGGAUAAGGGCCCCGUCAGCUAGUAGUGUGACUGCCUUGUAUCAUGCUUUGCAGAAUUACCUGUCUCGUUCGCUCUCCGCCAUGUGUCAAGAGCCGGGCUGGAAUGGCAGCUGAUGGAGAAAUUCGAUGUGCGUGAUCACCCUCUCUCCACCAGCAAUGGUGGUGUAGGACUGGGUAAGGUACCCCCCAUUAAUGCUGGCAGGCCCCACGGGCUGGGUUAGCCAGGACACAUAGGAGAAUUCCUGCUGUUGCCGGUGUUCCAGCAGAGAAGUGAUUUAUCUGCUGUCUGGUUUCCUGUGUAAGGGCUCGGGCAGCCGUUACCCUAUCUAGAGCUGACUGCUCUGAAGGAGGCUUGGGAACAAUCCUUUUUAAAGAUCAGUGUUUUUCUUUAGGAGCCAAACUGGCACCAACUCCAAACUGCAGCCUGGAGCCCAGAUUCUCAGCCCUGGGGCCAGAGCAGCAGAGAAGGUGAAGGUUCAUUGAAGCCACCUUUGUAUGUGCUCUAUUUUGGGGUGGUCUUUGGGCUGCUCUAGCUUACCAUGGCCCCCCAGUGGGAAGCAGAGAACAGCUGGAGUGCAGUGCACUUUGCCUGUGGCAUAGCCCCAUCCCACCAUAACACUGGGAGCUAAGGAACAGGGGUAACACAGGCACCGUCCCAGCUCUCUAAUGGCCAGGGAGACCCCUUGCCCACGAGGCAGCAUAGGGGUCCUUUAGCACACUAAGCCUAGGUCAGUGGGACCCAGGUUCAUGGAGUCGGGUGUCUAACCCCGCUCUUGAGCAUCCGCAUUGUGUUGUAAAGCUGGCUCAUGGUUGCUGGAUCUCACAGCUCUGGUAACAUACCGCAGUAUGGCUAUGGAGCCCUGCUGACUCAGCUCUGCAGCCUGAGCUGCGGCCACACUGCAGAAUGACAGGGCUUGCAACACCAUAGUGGGACUUGGGCUCUGACUCACCCACCUAGUGGGGCCCCAGGACCUGGGUCCUGAGUCAGGCUGAUCAGUGUGUAGACCCAAGAGGGGCUUGGGCUCAAACUUGAAUCACUUCCAGGGUUUAGUGUGCAGUGUAGACAUGCCCUUAGGGAGUCACUGGGGUUCAGGCCCUGUGGGUGGCAUGAGUGUGGCUAACUCCCAGUGCAUUAAAUGGUGGUGCUGGUGCCUUUAGCACAUCACCAGGCAUUGAAGAAUUGCUCGUUGGGAUCUGCUCUCGAAAGGAAAGACUGUCUGGAAAUGCACAAGAAAGAUCAAGCUGUAGGAGGGCCAGCAGUGUCUGAGGCGGGGAACGGAAGAGGCACAUUUCUGUAAAAUGUGUCCAGAUCUGAUCUGGAAACCCUCCUAACUAAAGGUAAUGGUGGCCAGGUCCCAGUGAAGCAGGAGAAAUCCAGAGUCUUUCCUUAACCCAGUGGGGUUCCUGGGAAUGCAUAACAAAAGCCAGACCAAAAAAAGAACAAUUAGGGCUGGGGGUGGGUGGCACACCCGUCCCCAGGCAGCCUCUGGAGCCAGCAAUGCAGGGUGAAGGCACAGGUUGCUGUUCUCAGGUGGUGUCAAUUAAUCCUACUUCAUUCAGAGAACACAGGCAGUGAGGCUGGUGAGGGCUCCUGCUGAUUAAUUACCACUUAGCCUCCAGAUGGGAAAGGCACUGCUAGAGCUGGGGUUAGACUGCAAGGGAAUGCGAGAGGAGGUGGCUGGACUGGAGUGCUGCUUCAGAAGGGCAAGCCGAACAGAGAAGCUCAAGAUCCAUUCAGAGCCUAAAAACUAGUCCGCAGAGAUGUCUGUGAAGUGAGCCAGUUUCCAAGCACAAGAUCAAGGGAUGGUUCGAGGCCUAUCGUGUCUCCUCUCUAAUCUUUUGUCCCUGUGACCUUCUUCAGCAGAGAGAUGCCUAGUUCUGUGCCUGCUGCCGCCAGCCCAGCCUUCUGUUGGUGACACGCUCUUGCUGUCCCAGUGAAGGUUACCUGGGCUGCUGGUGUCUUUACCUUACAAAAGAAAGAAAGAGAGGAGGGAGGAAUGAAUGACUGAAAUUAUGCUGGCGAAGACAGAGCUGGAACUGAUGUGCAACGACUGAUGCUCUGCAGAUUUUGCAACAAGGCAAGUCAUUCCAGAGCCAACAAGUUCCUGCUUGCAAGCAGAGAUAAGCUGUGCUCUCUUCUCAGCCGCUAAUCUCUCUGCUCAGCGGUGGGCUAGUCUGUGCUCAGCAGGUCUAGAGGGCUUGGGCUGCAGGCUAGAAGACCAAGGGCUACAAUGGAAGAGAAUUUGUUCAGUGUGCAGCAGAUACAACCCAAUGUCAUUUCGGUGAGACUCUUCAAACGCAAGGUUGGGGGUCUCGGGUUCCUGGUGAAGGAACGUGUUAACAAGCCCCCAGUAAUCAUCUCCGACCUGAUCCGGGGAGGGGCAGCUGAGCAAAGCGGGCUCAUCCAGGCUGGGGACAUUAUCCUGGCAGUCAAUGGCCGUCCCCUGGUGGACAUGAGCUAUGAGAGUGCCCUGGAGAUCCUGAGGAGCAUCGCCUCAGAGACCUAUGUGGUUCUGAUCCUGAGAGGUCCCGAGGGCUUUACCACUCAUCUGGAGACCACCUUUGCCGGUGAUGGGAUGCCAAAGACUGUUAGAGUAACCAGACCUUUGUGCCCAACGGCCAACGCAGUCGACUUGUCCAAUCCAAGCAUCCACGGCAGAGAUCUGCAGCAGGGUGUGGACCCUGCCAGGGGCUCGUGUAGUUCAGCAUGGGCUAGAGAGAACGAACAGGAAGCAGAGUCCCUUGUGCACGUCAAUGGUGUGAUUACCAGCGCCAAAGGCGAGGACUCUUUGAAGGGAAGGGACAAUGCCAGUGCCAAUCCUUGCCUGAACGGUGGGGUCGAAAACAAUGAGCUGCUAAAAGAAAUAGAGCCAGUCCUGAAACUCCUAAAGAGCAGCAGUAAGGAACUCAAUGGAGACGCGCCAACCAAGGUGGAGACAAGAGAUAUAGAAGUCCAGGUGGACUGUUUCAGGGAAGUGGACAAGUCCCAGAAACCCGUACCAGCCGGGAUGGAAAAUGACCGAGUUUUCAAUGACCUGUGGGGGAAGAGCGACACACCCGUCGUCCUGAACAACCCCUACUCGGAAAAGGAGCAGCCACCGCCAUCUGGCAGACAGUCCCCGACUAAGAACUUGGUGAAUGGAAGCCCGUCCAAGUGCCCACGGUUUGCCAAAGUUAAGAACUGGGAGACUGGCUCAGUGCUUCACGAUACCUUACAUCUCAAGACAGCCAUGGCCAGUGCGUGUACAGAGCAGAUCUGCAUGGGAUCAGUAAUGAUGCCCACCCAGCAUAUCCGGAAGCCAGAAGACACUAGGACAAAAGAACAGCUGCUCCCCUUGGCUAAGGACUUCAUUGAUCAAUACUACUCCUCCAUAAAGAGGUUUGGCUCCAAAGCCCACGUGGAGAGGCUGGAAGAAGUGACCAAGGAGAUUGAAACCACAGACACCUACCAGCUGCGGGACACAGAACUGAUCUAUGGCGCAAAGCACGCCUGGCGUAAUGCAUCCCGCUGCAUAGGCAGGAUUCAAUGGUCCAAGCUACAGGUGUUUGAUGCCCGAGACUGCACCACAGCUCAUGGGAUGUUCAAUUACAUCUGCAACCAUAUCAAAUACGCCACCAACAAAGGGAACCUCAGGUCUGCUAUCACCAUCUUCCCCCAGAGGACAGAUGGCAAGCAUGACUUCCGAGUCUGGAAUGCCCAGCUCAUCCGCUAUGCUGGCUACAAGCAGCCAGAUGGCACCAUUCUGGGGGACCCAGCCAACGUGGAGCUCACAGAGAUCUGCAUCCAGCAAGGGUGGAAGGCACCCCAGGAGCGAUUUGAUGUCCUGCCACUCCUCCUCCAGGCCAACGGCAAUGAUCCAGAGCUCUUUGAGAUCCCUCCGGAGCUGGUGCUGGAAGUACCCAUCAGGCACCCCAAGUUUGCCUGGUUUAAGGACCUGGGGCUGAAGUGGUAUGGUUUGCCAGCGGUGUCCAGCAUGCUGCUAGAGAUCGGAGGCCUGGAGUUUACUGCCUGCCCCUUCAGCGGCUGGUACAUGGGCACUGAGAUCGGCGUCCGAGAUUACUGUGAUAACUCUCGCUACAACAUGCUGGAGGAAGUAGCCAAAAAGAUGAACCUGGACAUGAGGAAAACCUCCUCGCUGUGGAAAGACCAGGCACUGGUGGAGAUUAACAUUGCUGUUCUGUACAGCUUCCAGAGCGACAAGGUGACCAUUGUGGACCAUCAUUCAGCCACAGAGUCUUUCAUCAAACACAUGGAGAAUGAGUAUCGCUGCCGCGGGGGGUGCCCUGCUGACUGGGUGUGGAUCGUCCCCCCAAUGUCCAGCAGCAUCACCCCAGUCUUCCAUCAGGAAAUGCUCAACUAUCGGCUCACGCCCUCCUUCGAGUACCAGCCUGACCCUUGGAACACACACAUCUGGAAAGGGGUCAAUGGGACUCCCACCAAAAAGAGAGCCAUUGGUUUUAAAAAGCUGGCCAAAGCUGUGAAGUUCUCUGCCAAGCUGAUGGGGCAGGCAAUGGCCAAGAGGGUCAAAGCGACCAUCCUCUACGCCACGGAAACGGGCAAGUCCCAGGUCUAUGCAAAAACCUUAUGUGAAAUCUUCAAGCACGCUUUCGAUGCCAAGGUGAUGUCCAUGGAUGAGUACGACAUAGUCCACCUGGAACAUGAAACCCUCGUCCUGGUGGUCACAAGCACCUUCGGCAAUGGAGACCCACCGGAGAAUGGGGAGAAAUUCGGCUGUGCGAUGAUGGAAAUGAGGAAUCCCAACUCUCACCUGGAAGAGAGGAAGAGCUACAAGGUCCGUUUUAACAGCGUCUCCUCUUACUCGGACGCACGGAAGUCUUCGAGCGAUGGACCCGAAGCCAGGGACAACUUUGAGAGCACAGGGCCUCUGGCUAAUGUCAGGUUCUCGGUGUUUGGCCUAGGAUCGCGUGCCUACCCCCACUUCUGCGCCUUUGCCCGUGCCGUCGACACCCUGCUGGAGGAGCUGGGAGGGGAGCGCAUCCUCCGCAUGGGGGAGGGGGAUGAGCUCUGUGGCCAGGAAGAGUCUUUCAGGACGUGGGCUAAAAAGGUUUUCAAGGCAGCGUGCGACGUGUUCUGCGUGGGAGAUGACGUGAACAUUGAGAAGGCCAACAACUCCCUCAUCAGCAAUGACCGGAGCUGGAAGAGGAGCAAGUUCCGCCUGACCUACGUGGCUGAGGCCCCCGAGCUCACACAAGGUCUGUACAGUAUUCACAAAAAGCGAGUCUAUGCCGCCCGGCUCCUCACGCGCCAGAAUCUGCAGAGCCCAAAAUCCAGUCGGUCAACAAUUUUCCUGCGACUUCACACCAAUGGGCAGCAGGAGCUGCGCUACCAGCCUGGAGACCACUUGGGAGUGUUUCCAGGCAACCACGAGGACUUGGUCAGCGCCCUGAUGGAGAGACUCGAGGAUGCACCCCCAGCCAACCAGCUGGUGAAGGUGGAGCUCUUGGAGGAGAGGAGCACAGCUUUAGGUGUCAUCAGUAACUGGACGGAUGAGAACCGCAUCCCACCCUGCACCAUCUUCCAGGCAUUUAAGUGCUACCUGGACAUCACCACGCCUCCCACCCCUCUGCUGCUGCAGCAGUUUGCCUUACUGGCCACGAACGACAAGGAGAAGAAACGUCUGCAGGUCCUUAGCAAGGGCUUGCAGGAGUACGAGAAAUGGAAAUGGUCCAAGAACCCCACCGUAGUGGAGGUGCUGGAGGAGUUCCCGUCUGUGCAGAUGCCUUCCACCCUGCUGCUCACCCAGCUGCCCUUGCUGCAGCCUCGCUAUUACUCCAUCAGCUCCUCCCCCGACAUGUCGCCGGACGAGGUGCACCUCACCGUGGCCGUGCUCUCCUACCGCACUCGAGAUGGGGAAGGACCGAUACACCACGGGGUCUGUUCCUCCUGGUUCAACCGGAUACAGGCAGAUGAAGUUGUGCCCUGUUUUGUAAGAGGAGCUCCUGGGUUCCAUAUGCCACAAGAUCCCCAGGUUCCCUGCAUUCUGAUUGGCCCAGGUACGGGAAUCGCCCCAUUCCGGAGCUUUUGGCAGCAGCGGCUCUUUGAAAUCGAGCACAAAGCACUGAAGCCCUGUCCGAUGAUUUUGGUCUUUGGGUGCCGACAGUCCAAGAUCGACCACAUUUACAAAGAGGAGACCCUCCUAGCCAAAAACAAAGGCAUCUUCAAAGAGCUGUACACAGCCUACUCCCGGGAACCAGACAAACCAAAGAAAUAUGUGCAGGACGUGCUGCAGGAGCAGCUGGCUCAGUCUGUGUACAAAGCGCUGAAGGAGCAAGGAGGCCACAUCUACGUGUGCGGGGACGUCACCAUGGCUGGGGAUGUCUUCAAGGCCAUUCAGCGCAUUGUGAAGCAGCAGGGGCAGCUGUCAGUGGAGCAGGCUGGCGCUUUCAUUAGCAAGCUGAGGGAUGACAACCGAUACCACGAGGAUAUUUUUGGAGUCACCUUGCGUACAUAUGAAGUGACUAACCGCCUUAGAUCUGAGUCGAUUGCAUUCAUUGAGGAAAGCAAAAAGGACACGGAUGAGGUUUUCUGCUCAUAACCAGAACCCCUUGCCCCAGAUGGGAUGCCAAACCAGCUGCAGCAGCAACCACCCCCCUCCAGCCAGAGGGCGCUGGGUUUUGUAUUUACACGGACACGGCGGCUCCUUUUCUGCGGGGCCUGCCCACGGAAAGUGCUCUGUCUCUUGUCCUGUCGUCGUGUCCUGAUGAUGAUGAUUUCUCUUUCCUUUCUCUCUCUGUCGUCCUGUGGCGGUUUCUUUUCACUCCUUGUUUCCCUCCUCGGAGUCCCCUGCUGAAGUGCGAUGGCUUUAUAAUCCGCAGUGGCUCUUACGAAACUAUGUUUCUUCUUCUCUUGGUCCGACGAGGGCAUUUUGCGGCUGCAUGAAAUCACCACCUUCGUGAUCAUCUGCAUUCUUUGGUGUUUGUGAGGGUGGGGCUGGAGCAGGGGGAGCUGGCUGUUCCUGAUCGGGCAGCAAGGACUGGAGAGAAGCUGUUUUGCCUGAGAUCCCUUUCCCCACCUUGAUGUGGAACUUGGCUGAAUCGCUGCAUCUUCCUCGCUUUGCUUUGGCCGCUCUGGGCCUGGCCCAGGGGGAAGUUGGAUGGAAAGGAAGUGCUGCCCUGCCCCCUUUCUUGCUGCUGAUGGAGGCACCAGAGCUUUGUUCUGUUUGAGGGGUGGGGUUCGUCUGUGUUCAAUGGGUAACAAUUCACCUACGUGAGCUCUGUGCUGAGAUCCUUGAGGGAAAAACUGUUACUCGGGCGUGGGAUGCAUCCAGUAGCUUCCCUGGAUUAACAGGGUGCUGGCGGUGGGCACGUGAGUCCUCUCCAGCAAGGCAAGAGAACGUGUAAGGCGACAAGGCUGGGAGGCAGAGUAGCUCUGAAGCCGUCUCUGCCCAGGUCCAAGCAGCACCAACCUGCUUAUAAAAAAGGUUGAUAGGCAGCCAGCAAGUAGCUGCUGUAUGGGGUCUACUGCACCCAUUCCUGACCCCUGGUGCCAGGCCUUCUGGGAGCCCCAUGUAACGCCCCAUUAAAUGAGUAACAGUUGCCUUGAUUACUCAAAGCAUGGCAAGUCUGUCCUAGCGCGCUCUUGUGAGAUGUCCUUUCUCAGCAACACCACCCCCCACCCUGCAGGAACUGCAAUGCUCUCGUGGUGCCAGGCUGGCUGCAACGGGUGCCUCCACUCUGCAAAAAACCCCAAAUCCCCUCCAUGCCCCCUCUGCCUGCUGCAUGCACGGUGCCAUUAUUCAAAUUGCACAAGGCCUCUGGGACGGGAGCUCUCAGAAGAGACGGGGAGCAAGCCCAAGAAGAGAGGCACUGGUGCUGUCUAACACCAGGCUCUGAGGUGAUGACUGCUCAGCUCCACUGCACAAAUCCAGACCCGCUCGAGACUUACUGGAACUGCUACAGAGCUGGCAGCCCCCAAGGGUCACUCCCCUUUUCCAGGUAGGAACUUUGCCACCCACCCCCAGGCCAGCUCUCCCUCUCUCAGGGGGAGGGGGCUUUCUCUAGUUGCCAGGUUGUUUGGGGGUUCCCUCGUCCCUUUCCCCAUCUGUGCUGUACAUAGCCAUCCACUGGCUAGACUGAGGCAGCAACAGCAAACUGGUGCCUUCAGGUGGCACUGGACCCCCUCCUGCUGACAGCAUAGGGAAUUACUGCCGAAGGGGGUCAGGACUUGGGCACGGCAAAGGGGGCGGGUCCCCACAACCGCUGUCACCGAGGGGUUGUUUUCAGAGCCCAGGAUCUGCCACUGCCUCCCCCUGAACCAAGCUUCUAACAAAGUGAGUCCAGCAAGGUCGGAAGCCUCCCCUGGCCUAAGUGUGACUUGGCAGCUGGGCUGCUCAACUUCAGCUCAUGUUCACUCGUCUCAUGCUUCGCAGUGACCAUGUGGUUGCUCUGGUUUUGCUGCCUAGACCCUCCAAUGUGGGUAGGCGCUCAUGUGUGCUGCCACUGCCACAGCAAUGUCCCUGGUCUUUACCUUCCCUGACCACCACAGAUGGAUCUGACCCAAAACCCUGGGCCCAGAGGCCCCAGAGCUUUGGGAAAGCUCCGCUCCAGACUUUCUGCUGCCCCAAUCCAUCUCUUCGGAAUAUUUUGCUCAACUAGGAGUCAGCAGGACUUUAAAUAGGGACAUGCACAAAUGCUGCCACCUUGUGGUAAUUUGCAUGCACGCUGUUCUGAGGGUGGCCCGAGGUGUUGCCCUAUGAGGAUGAAUGAAGGUCCCUGGCUAAGCCUCUGUUCAGUUAGGAAAUCACGGCUGUAGUGUGGUUAUUCAAAUUGCAGCAGCGACUGUAUGCCCGCACCCACUCUGCUGCCUGGCAGCUACCCCGCACUGCCUCCGCAAGGACCACCGGGGGACAUACCCACAGCGCCGCUCACGGAGAAAUGGAUUCUGGGCUGUCCCACUAUACAGAGUGCUGGGGUGAAGGAGAACAGCCCAACAAGGGGGAGUAGGGGCUGCUAGCUACACUGCAAACCCCCAAGGUGUAGAGCCAGUUGCACCACCCUAGGUCCCUGGCAGGGGGCAGGUGUGGUUAGCUGCCAUGGUUACUAACCAGGUGGUGUGCAGGCAUCAGUACCAUGUGCUGUUACAAACCCUGGUCGCUGUUGUGUAACCGGGGCCUAGGAGCUCUUCAGUGGGGCCGAGAGCUCAGGCAGACACCGACCCUUCUAGUCGCAUGUCCUGGUCCCCUGGGAGCCAAUGGGAAGAGAGAAUGCGGAGCACAUCAAGGGCAGAAGGAUGCCUUUGCUUGAGAUUGUGCCUCACAAAUCUGGGUAGGGAUCCAGCCUCUGGGGGCAGGGGAAGAGAUGACAGAUCCCUUAUUCCGCCCUUCGCCCCCCCACCAUCCCACACACUGGGGAAGUUUGGCUCUGGAUUCAGCUCAGACCAGGCUGACCUUUCUGUAAGGUGCCCGAGCAAAACCCUGCAUCUCCCUUCAGCCCACUCCACACAAACCUUGGGGAGAGUUUGAAUUUGGAUCCAAAUUUUGCACCAGGCCCAUCUUUCCUGGAAAUGUCAAUGCAAAGGAAUGCCCAAAGCCAUGUCCUUCGCGUUCAUUGCUGCUGUUCAUUUUCCCAUUCAGUCCUGUGCUUCUGUAACAGCCCCGCUCCGGAAUGAGCUUUGCUGAUACCGAUGCUCCCUGUCUGUAUCUGACAAGAGAGGCUGGCUUUGGCAGAACAGAUUGUGUCUCCUCCAGUCCGAUAUACCCAGGAGCCACACUAAAAAUGCAGCAAGUGGAGCCACGGAAGAGCCAUGACAUCCGGAUUCAGCCUCUCCCAUUGCUAAAGGCUGGAAUUUCCCCGGGUGCCUAGAGGAGUCAGGCCCCCAAAGGCUGUUGAAAUUAACUGUGAGUUGAGCACCCAAGUCCCUUUGUUCUCUUUGAUAAUCCCAGCCUUAGAGAGUAAAAAGCUGUGCUACGUCCAGCCCUCUCACCUGGUGCACCCAAGAGACAGGACAGGGAUGGGGGAAGGGACAGGUGAGUAACAGGGAAAUCCUACCAUUGUGGGGUGAGUUGAAUUCAAGGGCUCCAGAAGCUGUCAUCAGCCUGCCCUGCUUGGCUGGGAUAGUUGACUUUGAACAGGCCGGGCUGGCUUUCUAACUGAGCCAGUUCCAUUGACUUUAGUAGCCAGUUUGCUCUCUUCACCUGCAAGGGUUUCACAUGCUUAAUUUCCUCCCCCAGAAAAGGGGACAUGAUCCUGCUAACCUCUGUAAUGCCACAAACACAGACCUUUCAUCUGCCACCCGGACACAGUUCAGCUGGGUGAAAUGGGUGUGUAUGUAUAAUAGAUACAUAGCACCUGGGUGGUGGAGAAUGGAGAUAGCCAGGCAAUGGACUGAAUGUAUCUUGUGCGGUUGAUGGCUUCGCCUGCCCUCUGUCCAUUAAUCCCAGUCCCCACUGGCUAAUUCCAACACUCCAAUAGGCUGAGCAGCUCCAAACAGCCCCUGGUGGUCAUGAUGGACCAGUGGGCUGAUCCUAUCUGGCAAUUCCUGUGAAUGGCAAAGACUGCCAUCACCACCACCAAAAUGCUUCACAGUGCCCCAGCUCACUUCUUACUCCAAAGGGUUAACAGCCAGGUGGGUCCUUACUAGAACUGGUCAAGAUUGUUUGAAUUUGCAAAUUGCGCAUGAAAAAUGCUCCCCAUUUUUUCUGACCAGCUCCACUCUUUACCUUAGACUGAUGAGCCGCUAAGCCUCAGCUCCACAGCGACCAUCCCCAAGGCUUUGCCUCCCCACAGCAGCUGCUUAGAAGUUUAGAUAGGGGGCAACAUACAGGCCUGUGUUUAUAUUACAGCACCCUCGAGGAGGGGAGCAAAUAACAAGGUCACUUUCUACCCCCAAACAAUUUACAAUCUAAGAUGACAAAAAGCAGAAGCAGGAGUUGAGGACAGGCUGCAGCACAAGAAGCCUCUCCCUGCUAUAUUUUACCCCUAAUCUAUACUCAAUAGUAACUAGUUAUUGACCUCUGUUAAUUCCCCAUUUCACUAUUAUUCCCCUCCCUUAUCAUUCCACACCCUUAGCCUGUUACCAAUUAACCAACUGGCCUUCCUGCACCUCUCGCUGGAGAGAUCUUCCCAGCAUCCACCCCAUGCCCAGCCACACAAGAGGGAGGAGUAGCUCUUUAGUAAAGGUAGGUUCUGGUGAUGGCAGUGGGACAUGAAGCACCUAAAGCAAGGAGGAUGCUAAUGCUCUGGGGACUUUCUCCCCUUCUAGCUGGCUCUCUCCAGCAAUGAUCCCAGCCCAUGGAGAGACUGAGGGAUGCAGGGAGCAAGGAACUUCACCUUAAAGAGACAAAUUCUGCUCUCAGAUCUGUCAGUCAAUUCCCACAGAAAUCAAUGGCAGUCAAUUUAUACCCGUCUAAUGGCAGCAGAAGUUGGUCUACGUUCUGAGCCCCGUUCUGCAACCAUUUACCCGGAGCGUGAUGUGACUAGGAAGAGUUUGCAGGACCAGCUCUUCAGAAGCAGCAGCAUGUACACACUGGGCAUAAUCUCCGCACGACACAUAUAGUGCACGAAGGCCUUGUUAUUACUGAUAGGGGGCAGAAGGGGUGUCUUUGCUGAGGUGGCUGUGGGCUUAGCCAAAUAUACCAGGCUAGAUGCUAAGCUGCCGUAAAUCUAUCUAGCACCAUUAGAGUGCGUAGAGUUGCUCUAAUUUUCCCCAGUGGAGGAUCUUCUCCAGGGGUUGCUGAUAUUCUGAGAAGGAGAACUUUAUGGUCUACGGUAAAGGUGCUGCUACUGUCAGGUAUGUAGAUGUGGCUAUUGCUAGAGUGAGAUCUGUUGCUGGGUUUAGAAUUAUUAUUAUAAUUUCUCAAUUACUCACAGAGUUCCCUAGAAGCUCAUGGCCCUUCUCAGAACAGAUAGAGAUGGGUGGCGCUCAGCAUGGCCCUGAUUUUGCUUCUGUGGGGAGUUUCAGUGCCGGCAUCAGCGCGAGCAGAGUUAAGGCCACGCUGAGUGCUUAUGAAAUCCCACCCCCAAUCAACACUGCAUUGAGAUUGCAGAAUCUUGUGAGGUACUAAGGACCCCCCAACACCCAUUGGCUUCGGUGGAAGACGGGGCGAUUGUCACUCUGCAGCAUCGGGCCUGAGGGCAAUAGCAGUUACAGCAAAUACAGCUUUGCAUGCACCAAUGCAUUAUUUCCUAGUAAUCUUGUUUCAGAUCUACCCCAGGCUGUGGGAUUUCAGCUCUGGCUUCUCCCAUACAACUACCUUUAUUUACUAAAACUUCAGAGGUGAUGGGAAAAGCUAAUGAGAUAGUGGAUUUAAAGCGCUUUGUUCCAGGACUGAAACAGGCUCUAGUGGGGUCAGUGUUUUCUGGGUUCUGCUAAAGAUACAAGGAUGGCAUCUGAACUUUUUAAACAUCAUAGUACGUGCCUAUCUUCUCCCUGCUGAGCCAGCGUUACAACAUGGCCUGGACUCUAAAAUGCCCCAGACUGGUGCUGUUGCCUAUAAGGGCCAAUGACGAGAAACUGCAAAGCUCAUUUCAAACAUUGUUUAUCAACUCUGCUGGUGAGAGCGGCUCACAGUGACUUGCUGAUCACACAUGAGGGCACCUUUCUUUCUCAUUCAUGUCACUAAGUGGGGGCCAGAUUGUGUGGGCACAACUCAAAGGCAGUAAAACUAGCCGUGUAUGGGUCCCCCACUGGUUUAAGGGAUCCCACAGGCCAGGUCUUUGCACCAGCUUGCUCUGAAUCACCACUGAAUUGAGCUAGUUGGAAAAUUGUCUAUAUGUGGGGGUGGGACUGGGUUUCCAUGGAAAAUGGGGAUUUUGUUGGGUGCGGGGCUGGAAGAAAUUCAAAUACUGAAAACUUCGAAAACAAAUCUUUCGGGUUUGAGGCAUUGUUUUUUUGAUGAAAAAUCAAAAAAUUCCACGGAAAGUGGGCACUUUGAGCCCCCUCUCCAAAAAAAAAAAAAAAAAGUUUACUCAAAAACUCAAUUCCUCAACCAGAAAAAACAGCUCUGAUAGAAAAUUUUCAACCAGCUCUGCGUGGGAACGCAGCAAAAGUGACAAUAAAUGCAGCAACCCCUGCCCCAUCUGCUCUGGUGUUUACUCUGAGUCUGAAAGAAACGUUUUAUUUUUUAAGUCGUGUUCAAAAAAUGUAAAAGUUUGUGUUUCCACAAGUGCCAACCAACAAGCAGCUUUAGCUUUACUAAUGAGGUUCCAGACGUUUUGCAUGUGUGUGAACUGCUCCCAUCGAUUCCAGUCUGAGCUGAUUGCACCCAUCCCAGGCUGUGUUUGGCUCCGCUAAAGAGUGCAGAGUUCAUAGCAGAAUCCAGUCACUUCAUUUCAAAAACAACUGCAGCCCGCUGAACAAUGCAAAACCAAAAAAUUGGGACAUUUUGUUGAAAAUUUUCAUGGACAUUUCAAAAUUAGACAAAGUUUUGACCAGCACCGUAGUUGGUCAAAAAACAUGGUGGGGGGGAAAUUGUAAAAAAUGGCUUCAAGAGUUGGGGGGAGGGGGUUAGUUAAAAUUCAAUAUUUUGUCCAAAACAAACCUUGAAAAAAAAUCAAAAUUUGAAAAAACAUCUACCAACUUCAGGGGAAAUAAAACAACUGUAUCUAAAUCCGCCUUUAACUAACAAGCCUGCAUGCCUCCAAAGCAGCCAUUCAUGUCUGUGUGGGGUAUAGAAUGGUGUAUUAAGAAAACUCACUCUAACGCCUCUGAUGUAGGAAUGCAUUUCAGACCCUUCUUUAAAUGAGGUUUGCUGAUGUGCUGCCUUGAAGUGAUGGUUUGAAAGCCAAGAAAACGUAGGGCAAACAUCAGUUCUUGUUACAGUGCUGUAAAAUAGACAAAUGUCAGGAACUCCCAAGAUUGGGUCAACUCCUGACCUGGAAGAAAUAGCUUUGGCCCAUUGGGUAAGCCUCUCAGAAAUCCUGGUUUCUUAUAUUUUGAAAAGACCUGAAGAUUGAGUUCUCCUUGCUUCUGGCAACGUCUGAGUUCUGGGCUGUAUGUGGUUCCCUAGGAGCAGGGCAAAAGCGCCUUUCAAGCAGGACUGGUUGUAUGGCACUGGUUCCCAUCUAGUUAGAAACACAGGCUGAAAUUCUCCUAGCUCCCAAAGGAUUUUGGGUGCUCUAUUCCAAUUCAUUUCAAAAGGAACUGGGUAUCUAAUUCACUUUGGCAGAUUUGAAAAUCUCAGCUUUUUAAAUGACUUGUCUCAUGAGGAGCAAAGACGCAAAAGUGAAAUGGAGACAUUUGCGAAAUGUGACAAAGGUUUGGUGAAACCUCUACAAUCUAGAGGUUUCCUGAAUUCUCUAACUGUCCUGGGUUUUCCUGUGUUCGCUGGAACUCCAUCUUUUCCAAAUUCUCUCAGCCUCGUGACCCUUCCGCCUUCCCCUUGUAGCUUUGUGCCUUCCGUUUAUUUUUUAAACAAUGCCAUGAGUUAAGAGCAUCGGCUUGACUCUCACUUUGUGUUUCCUGAGGUGGGUGGACAGAUUGGUACAUUUUGUAGCAUUAAAUGUGAUUCAAACGUAGGUUUCUUUCUAAGGAAGGAGGGUGGG